CAUAAGACGAUAUAUACGCAAAGUUCAUCCACAACUUGUUUUGUUGAUAUUCCUUUUCAUUGACGUCCUCCCGAAACAACAACGAUUUAAAAAAACAGCGAAAGCAGCAAUACAAACAGAGAUUAUGGCAGCGGAAUACGACAACGUUAAAGUUAUUCGACCACCACCCCCACAACCCAGUGCCGUAUUUGUGCAGUCCCCCGCGGUAGAAUCGUCAGAGGCCUGCCUUAGACACUGUUUGACAACCAUUGACAAUGAUAUCAGAGUGUUGAUGGAAGAAAGAAAAAGGGUCGUGUUGGAGUUUGAAGCCCGUGGAUUAAAGAAACCUGAAUGCCCAAUCAUUUAUAAGUACAUCGUUAAAGAAGUACGUGUAGAGAAGUCUGUUACUAAGAUGCCACUGGGGCAAAAAAUUCUGAAGAAGGUUGGCCUGAAAAAGUAGACAUUUAAAGCCCUUGAACAAAACCAAAACCAAUGCUCAUGGCGAACGCUAAAUAAUGGAAUAGUCUUUCGAGGCCCAAUUAGAGCAGCGUCAUAGUGAUAAUUUUUGUGUGCUGAGAAUAAUAUUCAAUCUCGCAACCGAUAUGUCACCUAAAUGUCACCAUUUCCUAAAUGGUGACAUAAAAACCAAGCAAGUGUUACUCAUUUUGUAAACAUUCCUUCUAAGCGAGACAAUAGUUUGUUCAAUCGACAAACAAACAGACAAACAAACAAAUAUGGAUAUCGGGUUCAUGUCUACUGUAUUUAAAUGUACAAUACAUGUUGAUACAAAGUAUGUGACUACUAGCCUAUGUACAAUCAUAAUAUAUAUUUUACAAUAAUAUAUAUUUUACAA